AUGAGAAAAUUCCAAGAAAUAAAAAGCUCUUGCGGCUUAAAACGAAUACCUCCGAAAAAGAUACGUGAGAAUCAAUGGAUUGCCAACAAAGAUUUCGAAGACAUAGGCCUUUGCGGAUGGUUGUUUACAAUCGAAGACGGAUCUAAAAAAUUUUACAAUGACAGGUUAAUCGAACUAACUCUUCACUGCGUCAUGGACGGAAGCUCGAUAAUAUUGCUGAGGAUUGUCGCACCGACUCCGAGGCAUCAAAUUGUUCUUCAAGAAUUCGGGGAUGUUCCUCAAUUCUCUUUCGUACGUUUUGAAAACGCGCGAUUCAUGAUGCGAUUUGACGGAAAAAUCCAGGUUUAUACAAUCCUGAUGGAUAUUGGAAACCGGGAUGGAUGUACUCUCGUUAAAGCAACGGAAAAAUGCCUGGACCCUGCAUCAUUUCAAGGAGGAAUUCUCGACGGCCGGUUUUAUUCACUGAUUUCAAAAGCGAUAACGCCCUUUACCGGUCAGAUGAUCUUUGACGAAAACGACGUUGAUAACGAAUUGAAAAAGAUCGCGCGCAACAAACCGUUGUACGAAUCAUUGUAUGCCAAUGAAGUCGUCAAAAACUUGAGUGAGGAUGUUUCGAUUGCAGAAUUUUUGAUGCAAGCGCGUUUGUUCUCGAAACUACAAAAUACGUUUUGCGGCCUCCCGAUCGGAAAAUUCGACAGCGUCAAGGUUACAAGAUUUUUUCAAAACAGCAAAAAACUUCCUGACUGUCCUGACUCCGACUCUCAAACAGAAACCGUCAUUUUGACAGAAGACGAAAUUUUGGAGCGACAAUUAUCGCGGUGUGAUUUGAAAAUAGAAGACUUUAGCUCAGAUGACACGGAUAAUGAAGAAAAUCUCGAUCAAACGGUCCAUCGAGGACUGAUCUUCGGAGAGAGGGAGGAAAGCGAUGAGGAAGCAGGAUCCGAGAGCGAGUUAAUCAAUGAUGACCCAACUGUGGCGGACGAUGACCCACAAGACCUUUACACGAGAGAUUUCGAUGCUGAGAACGAGCAAACUCAAAAAGAACUGAGAGAUAACGACGACGAGACGAGCCUUGCGGAUAGAAUUAAAGCACUCGCAAGCAACAUCAACUCGGAAAGUUCCGACGACGACUCCUUCCAGCCAGCUAGACCUUCGACUCCAAUCAAUUUUGAUUAUCAAGACCCAACAAGGAUCAAUCCUUCAACGCCCCGAAAGAAGAACCCCUUUUUAUAUCGUCAAAAACUCGCCGGAAAACCGGCAUGGAAAAGAUUUUUAUUUCGUCGUAACUCGGAGGAGAUUCAGGAACCAGCUACGAAAAAAGCGAAAACUGAUGCAGUCAUAACGAUUUCGUCCGACUCAGACGAAUAA